UGCGAUUAGGAUUGGCCAACUGGUAGGGGGCUGGCAAAACGAAUGUGUUUGUGUUCUGUGUUUAUAGAAUGAGCGGCGGUUGUAAGCUGAGACUCUUCGUUACAUGACUCUAGUGAGUUUGCAAGAUGUCUUCUGCUGACUUCAAAUCACUGUCCCAAGAAGAUUUGCGCAAAAGGCUUUAUCAGACAUUUAAAAACAAAGGUGUUUUGGAUUCACUCAAGACCCAGCUCCGUAACCAGCUAAUCCAUGAACUAAAAUAUCCCACAUUUAAUGGAGAACCAGUUUGUUAUCUUGAAGCUUUGGAGUCCGAUUCAUUGCUGCACAGGGCUUCCAACAGCAUGGUUGCUGAUCAUCUGAGAAAAUGUGGCUAUGAGUACUCUCUUUCGGUCUUUUACCCAGAAUGUGGAUUGGAAAAAGAAAAGAUGUUUACUGUCCAUGACUUCUUGCACCUGCUGAAGAUUAACCCAAAUUCUCAACUCUACAAAUCUCUGACUUCAAGUGCUCACAGCGGAAGUGCAAAAGGCUUUCUGUUUCAACUCUUAAUGGAGUUAACAGAUUAUCAUGUUCAUAGAGAAGGUCGAGAUGCUGACACUCAGACAGUUACAACAUCACCAUACAAAGAUUCUGUUGUUGAGAAACUAAAAUUUAUUGAUGAACAAUUUGAAGACAUUUAUCCAAAGCGCAAGAAAUUUGAGUCCUUGGAAAGUAAAAUCUCAGACUAUCGCAGAGAGAUGGAGGAACAGCUAAGAACAGAAAUGGCUCAAAAGCUACAGCACUUUAAGGAUGUGGAAAUUGCAAAAAUUAAGUUGGAGGAAACAGAAAAAUCUCAGAGAGAGAUGUCUGAUUUUCGACGGGAAUUAGAGAAGACUUACCAAACAAAAUUAGAAGGUCUGGUGUCACGGGAGAAGAAUGCUAUUGAGAGACUUCAAAGGCAACAGGAGAUUGAAGCCAAAGAAAUAUAUUCACAGCGGCAGUCCUUGUUGAAAGACAUUGAUAUUGUUCGUGCUAGGGAAUCCGAUCUUCGCCAACGCAUGGAAGCCUUUGAGCGUACUCAGAAGCUGGAAGCAGAAAAGAACAGAAGUAUAGAUGAAUUUCUCAGGAAGCGGGAGCUUGAAGUAAAGAACAUAGAGGACACCUUCGACCAGAAGCUUAAAAAUGAGCUAUUAAGGCAUCAAAUUGAGUUAAAUGAAGAAUAUAUAAAAAGAACAAAGAAAGUAAGUGAAGAUGAAAGAAGAAAUAAAGAGGAAGCAUCAAAAUUACGUGAAGAGGCUGUUGUAAUUAAUAUGAAAAAGCAUGAGUCAGAACAAGCAAUGACUCGUAUAAAGGAACUGGAGAUAGAGGUAGAUUCUCUGAGAGCACAAAUGUCUCUUGUAACAAGACAGAAUCACCACUUAACUGACAAGCUGAAAGAAACCGUAGAUUAUCCCUUGGUACAUGAAGAAAAGCUUAAACUUCAAGGAGAAGUAAAGAUACUUAAGCAACAACUGGAUGAAAUACACAAGGAUAAUCAGAUCCUUAGAGAAAGAAAUCUACAUCCAAGUCCUGAGUAUUUGGUUCUUCAAGAAGAAUUGAAGAGAAUGGAAAGUGCAAGAAAGAUGGACCAAGAGGAAUUUAAAUCACAAAAAGAAAUCUUGGAAACACAACUGCACAGUGAGGUUAAGCGGAGUGCUGAAUUGAAGGCCCAGCUUUUAAACAAUGAAGAUUCAGCACAAAAAUUGAACUCAAAGGUUGAGCACCUCGAAUUUCAGCUUCGACAAGCGCAGCUCGCUCUGGAAAAUGAAGUGUAUCGCAACCCAAAGCCAUCCCUGGUUGAUCGCUCUGUGCUGGACUUCACUGCAGACAAGAUUGUGCCUCCUGAUAUUUAUGUUGAUAAAGCUGUUCUGAAAAGCCAUCGUUCCUAUGAUACCUUUGUUGAAGCAUGUGGCAGGUCAAGUCCAAUGUAUUGCCAUACGACAAGGCCUCGCAGCAGCUCCCCAGAUUCUGAUUUUGAAUUUGUAGCAAAUACCAAGGCCCGAAUCAAAGAACUUGAAAAGGAGGCAGAAUAUUUAGAGGAAGCCUACCGUAAAUAUCAGAACAGAAUCAGUGAGGGCGCUACCAUUGAAGGUAUACAUUUGACUACUGUUUCUAAAGAGAGCAGCCUUUUGAGUACUGUUCCAAAAACAAAAAGAUCCGUUAAAAUCUUGACAGAUGUUUCUCAUCAGAAAGUUGCCUUUUUAGAAGAUAAUCUCACACCAGAUCAUCAGAGCCUUCUAAACAGAUUAAAGUUAAGACACAAAGAAGAAAAUCCUUCUGAGACUACACCUGAGAUUACACCUCCAAGAGCAAAAAUCUCAUCUGCAAGAAGGUUAUCCUCAACUCCAAUAUCUAAACAUGACCAGAACUCAAGUGAAAGGCAAAGCAUUUUAGCAGAAGCAGACCAUGAAGACUCUAUUGUUUCAUCAUCUCAACAAAGCCCUAAGCAACGGCUGUCUCCUAUACCAAAAAAUGAGCAUGUUUCAUCAAUCAAUUGUGAUGUUCCUGAUAUUCCAGUGGACGCAGAAAAAGAUUACAGUUACAAGCAAGAUGUCAGUUGUCAUGAAGUAUCCAACCAUGCAGAGCCACAAAAGCUAUAUUUUGAUGACCUUAAUAGCACUAAUUCUUCUUUAAAAGACCAGGAGGACAUUCCAGAGCAGCUUGCAAGUGACUUGUCUCAUCCAUCUGGGGAUGUGGUCCAUGACAAUAACGUCAUUGCUAAUGUGCCAGUAGCAGUAACUUCACCGCUGGACUCAUUGAGUAGUCACCAUUACACUGAAAAUAUCAUCAAGCAUGAGAAAGCAGAAGUAGGUGAAAGAAAGGGUGAAGAACAGGUCAGAGAAAUCUCAGAGGAAGGGAAGGAUCUAUAUGAGGAUUCAGUGGUAAAGAUAAAAACAUUUAAUGAGAAAAGAGACAACACAGAGGGGAGCCCAGGUAUACAGGAUCUUGAGGAAGCCAGUUCUUCAGUGAAAAGCAGUGCCAACCCUCUGGACAAGUACAUGAAAAUGAUUCUUCAGAACAGGGCACAGGAAGUAUCCGAGAAGAUUGACAAAGAAUCCUUAGACGAUGUCUCUGUGGUAGAAAAAGUAUCAAAUGAAAGCAUCACUGCUCUCUCUCAUGGAGAAGACGACGAGAACUUCUGGUAAACAAUCACUUCCUUUUUGCAAGACGCAUCCAAGAGCUUUGAAUUUUGGGGCUAAUUAUUUUUGUGACCAGCACAGCGUGUUUUCAUUUGAUGUGGAAAUCUAGUCAGGGGCUGAUUGUUAUCUCUAAAUAUGCAGCCAUGUUAUAUAGAUCUGCUUUUAACCACUUCUCUUCUUUUAAUCAAAUGCCAAUGAACUGUUCUGUGUGUGAAAAAUGACAAUGGGAUUUGUUUUACCUUGUGAUUCCUCCUUCCAGGUUCAUCAGACAGCAGGGAAUGUAGGAAACAUAAAACGUUUCUUUUUAUUAUUAGAAUCUGUUUAAUUUCCUCAGUAAAUAUUACAUUUAAUAUUUUUGUACCCUAUAAUAUACAUACACCAACACACUGUUUUUACAGACAGCCCAUAUUGGGGUUAAUUCAUGUGAGCAGGAGCACCUAUUACUGCACUAACAGUUAUCUGUUAUAGAACAAUGACAUAAUGUGGUAAGAGUUAUAAGUAAUGGGAGAAUGUUUGCCAUUGCCAAGUAAUAUCUUUUCAAA